UGAGUUAGCAGCUUGUCGGAAGAGGUGCGUUGAAUUAGAGCAACAGAUGAGGAAACUGGACGAGCAGUUGAAGCAGAGUGAGGAGGAGAAACGCCAGCUUCAAGCUGAUCUGGGAAGAUAUUUGUUCCUUGAAGAAAGAGAAAAGUGCAGUGGAAAGACUCCUUGUUAGCCCAGCUUCAGUCCAGGAUCUCGGUCAGUGAAAGUCGUUAAAAAUAAUAAUUACCAGUAGCAGCUUGAGAAAAAGAACUACUUUCCUUUGGGCAUUAAAAAAAACUGUCCGGGAAAUGUCAGGGCGAAUUUUUAAUAAGGCCUUGGUGAAGUUUCUGACGAUUUUUUACAAUGGGUAGGGCUGAGUGUUUUGAAAUAGCAGGGGGAGGCAAUGCCUGAUUAUUGUGCUCAACAAAAAGUUAAAAUAGCAGCUAGUACUUUCUCUACCAAGGCUGCAAAUAACAGGCAGUCAUCGCACAAUGGCCUAAGACAAUUUUUUCCAGGUCCGAUGAAAUCUCAACCAUCGUCAGACAUUAUGUGCGGCUUUUAAAUCAACAACUAUGAUCCUGCUGAAAAUGAGUUUAAUUUGUCUUGAACAAUUAAACAGAUCAAAACUCCUCACUUGCUACCUCUCUCUAACUACGAAUCAGAUAUGAAACUGAAAUGAAGGAAAUAAAUUUUGAGAUAAUGUCAUGUCAGACCACAUUUUUGAUUUAUUCAGGUAAAAUGAUGAUUUAGUCGGACAUCUGUCCUUUGAAGAAAAGUUAAUAGAUUUGUAGCCCCGAUCAUAGUAAUGGUUAAAUAUGGUUCAAGUAGCAGACGUGAUAUGAAGACAUGUUUAUGCGCUUGCUGAGGUCAGACUUCUUUAAGUUUCAGUGGGAAACAUAUUAGCCAUUUAUUUGUAGGCAGUAUAUCUCUGCAACUCAUUUAUGUUAAAUGUUUUGUAACAUUUUCUGACUUUUUCUUUCAGUAUCAGACCACAAUUCGGCGGACCACAGUUUAUCAGCGAGAAAAAAUCAAUUGUAUAAUGCUGAAAAACCACCUGACUCCAUGACUGCACAAGGUGGUUUGCUGGCAUACACACCUGACAACGAGCAGCAAAAAAAUGAUGCAACUAUGUUUCCAUCUUCAAGAAAUCCUGUCCAUUUGCAAGGCUGUAAAGAAAAUGAUCAAUCUUUAAGAGCAGAGGAAACAGAUCACUGUGAAAACCUAUCUUCAAUUUCAUCCAGUUACAGCUCAACCAUUUCUUCUGCUGCACAUACUACAGAAGCACUGUCUGACUGGUCUUCACAAGCCUCAGUCAAUUUAAUGGAUGGUUUACCAGUGUCAGCAUCAGUCAGUUGUCUUUCGUCUUCAAAUAAUGGCGCAUUCUCAAGCGACGUGGGUCAGUCGUUGGUUAGCGCCAAUGGAGUAUCAAACGGGGAAGAUGAUAGAGUGGAAGGAGCGUGUCCUACCAAUGGAGACGAAGAAGGGCUAAAAGGAUCUUUUGAUUUAUUUGAUAGAGACCAAGGAACAGUGCAGGUAGCUGUCACAGGUACUUUCUUCGAAGCAAAAACAAAUAGUUUAGAUAAUUCUGGUCAUGGUCUUGUCAGAACUCAAGGUGGUACAAAUGAAGGAAAUAUUUCUUACCCACAAGUUGUCGUUCCAGAUGUUGAGUUGACCGUUGGCAGACCUUCAGGUGGAACGGAUUGGGAGCGCCAAGGUGUUAGGCCAAAACAAUCGCAACAUUCAGAAGAGAGGCAGCUACCAAGAGAGUGCCUGGUCCAAUUUAGUGACAUUUUAGCAAAUGGUGUGUCAGAACAGUCGGCAGAGAACUCAGUGUUUGCAGAAACCUCCGUUGUUGAACCACUUCAUAGGGAGGAGGAUAAACAUAAACGGUUUGGAGGGAAAAGAGGAAGCAGCAAACAAAGAGCCAAAGAAAGGAGAGAAAAGGAAGAUAUGGAGAAGCAGAAAGCUGCAAGUUGGCCACAAACAGGGGGAACUACAUUCUCACAGCAGUUGCGUGAGCAUUAUAACAACCAAAGCUCAUCAUUAUCUUCAUCCAGAACCCAGAGUGAUAGAAUUGUGGAAGACAUUCCUUUGUUACGGCAAGGUGCCUCUCCAGAUGCAAGGGGGACAGUAAGGGCAAGAGACUGGGAGCGUGAAGGUGCGAAACUAAAGUAGGCCAGCAAGCAAGUUCGUUCCGAGGUGGUACAGAUACCAAAUGAUCCUCUUGUCCCACAGUUCGCUGAUUCUUCAACAGAGAGCUCAAAUGACCCAUUACUUUCUGAAGAACAACGCGUUCAAAGAACUGUAAGGGAAGGGGAGCAACGUGAACAGUUGGAAAGAAAAAUAAAAAACAACAAAGAAUGGCUGAUGAGAGAACAGAGAGCUAGAGAAAGAGGGGAGAGAAAAGUAAGGGGGAUGCAAGAAGCUGAAAAGAAGUCACAAGAAGAAACUGCGGCAUGCUCACAGCAUCAGCGUGAAUAUUAUUAUAGUCAAUGUUCAUUGACUUCAUCAAGAACCCAAGGCAUUGUGGGAAACAUUCCCUGGUCACAGCAAGAUACCUUUGUAGAUGGAGGAAGGCCAUCAACGGCAACUUAUCGAGAACAUGAUGGUUUAGCUGAUGAGUUUUUGUCAAGACACACCCAAGAUAAGGCUCUUUAUGACAGUCUAUAUCAGAGCACUAGCACAGAUGUGUCAUUGCUCAAUGGCAUUUCAGCACAGGGAACUUCCUAUACAGACGGUUAUGUAUCACAUUCCGACAGACGUAAUCCAUACUUUGGGGAUAACCAAGCUAAAUCUCAGACUGGUGGUGAGCAGAGUACCGGUCACAGAGCUCAAAACCCAACUUUGACUCUUAGAAAUGUAAACAGUGCUGCAGGCAAUGAGAAUGCAAGAGAUGAUCUAUGUGAAUAUAUGCUGAAUCAGUCUGUUUCUGUUUCCAGUCCGGGUUUUUCUUCUGUAACAGGAAUUCACUCUUCAGCAAGACGUCAGGGGGCAAUGCUCUGUGCCCCAUCUAAUGCAGCUAUGAUUGGUGGUGAAGUGUUGGCACAAGAAAAUGCACCUGUUUGUGAACCUGUUCGUGAACCACGUUCUGGUGGUGCAAACAACAUCAGAGGUGCUUCUGUUAAUGUUCAACAAGAAUGUCCAUUGCUUGAUUUGAUGAGAAAGCAAGUUUGUAAAGGCACGCCUUCCAUCUUUGAAUCUUUUAUACCUAAUCAGUUUGAUCGUUACUGUAAAUCCAUUAUAGAACAUGGAUUACACAUAGACUGAACGUAACUAUAAUAUCAAUUAUAAAAAAGAACAAAAAGUGUCAUUCAUGAUCAUCAGUUUUUCUAACUGGUGGUGUUUUUCUGAUGAGUUUAGCAUGAAAAGAUCAAGAGAAUAAAAAAAGAUAAAAAACCGCUAAUGGUUGUCCAUCGUAAGCCAAGAAAUAGCCCUCUAGCUCGUGUCAAAGAGUUCCAUUGCACAAAAUUAUCCAAAUCUAUCUCUUCAAUAUUUACUCAAUUUUGCGUGUACGUUAGACAACUACAGAACACAAAAAAGAGCCCAACAUUGUGUUUUACCCUGAUUCAUAUAAUUAUUUUCGUGUUUUCCAAAAUCGCGCAAGUCUACUUGCUUCCUGCGAGCGCUUUGAAGAAUGCAUAAGGGGCAUUUUUUAAAUGAAUGAGUGGUUAAAACUUUCUGGAAACUUCCAAGAAGUAGCAAAUUGGUUUGCUUCAAGUCCAGUCUUCAGUUCACGCACAAAUUGUACCCUUCACGUGGAAAUUCCAAGAUACCUCGAAAUUCUUGCUACAUAUUUUUGUGAAACUUCGUAGAAGGUAAGCACCCAGAGAUGUGGACAAGGGCUGAAAUUUGACUUAGAGAUAAAACAAUUGUGACGUCAUUGUCACGUGACAUUCAUCUCUAUCUCGAAAAUGUUAACAUCUUAAUAUGGUUCAAUCUAUGUGUAAUCCAUGUGUUAAGGUCUAUUUACUAUAAAGAUCAAGCUGUUUAGGUAUAAGAAGUUCAAAGAUGGAAGGUGUGCCUACAGAAAUUCAGGGUCGAGCCACCUUAAAGGUUAACAGUUACUUGGAUAUGUUUGUAAAGCAAAGUGAAGUGAAGCGAAGUAAAGUAAUCUAAUGUAAAGGAAAGCGAAGUAACUUAAAGUAAGUACUAGCUUUUUCGUUUUUAAAUUGAAUAUAUGCUACACAAGAGGCUUGUUAGCAGCCAAGGAUGAAAAAAGUGGCCAUAAACAUUCUUCCUGCUGAAUCUGGUCUCUCCAACGACUUGAAAGGCAGUUAUUGGGCUCAUCAAUUGGCGAUGAAUUUAAUAUUGUACCGUUAAUAUUGGUACUUUAAAUAUGGUUUCCAAAUAUAAUUUUUGAAGCGAAGGAAAAAAUCAUGGAAUUUUAUUUCGAGUCAGGGAAAACUGGGGAUUGGGUGCAAUAGUUGAGUUUGAUCAUUCAAAGCAGAGCUUUGGCGGUAGUUUCACUUGAUAAAUUUGUCAUAUUUUAGGAGUGGAUCACCUGGCUACUUGCUUUACUGGAAAAGAGCCUUAUUUAUUUAUUUAAUCGCUUUCACCAUGAUUACAAUGCUAAAAAAGACUAGGGAAAAAACAAUACAUUUGAACAAGACACAAAAACGAGCGACGAAGGUGCUGGACACACAAAAGAGCGAGGCUCCAAAUUAAGUGUGCCUUUAGUCUUUGUUUAUUAAUACAAUGUUUUUUUCACCUUUCUUGAAAGUGACAAGUCUGUUGUUAAACUCAUGAAAGACCUCCUUGAGAUCAAAGUGACCUUUAGUAGUCUUAUAAUUUCAAUUCUUCUUCUUUGCUUAUUAAAUUGUUAAAAGGCAGUGGCGGGUCUGACCCGGGUCCCCACCUGUUUUGGUGGCUAAACUAAAACCCCAGGGGCCGAGGCUUGGGCCCCCUUCUAUCUUAGGGUCUGGAUAAUCGGGCCCCUCACUAACUAAAAGAUCUUAAACCGCCCCUGAAUGCUUAGGUAAUCUUCUUUGUUGACUAUCGUUGUUGCUGUCUGCUUUUAAUAAAGGCACCCACCUUGAAUUGUGCGAUUUGUGGCCUGUGUAUUUAUGAACAGUUAGAGGGAACAUCUCACCAAUGUCAAACAGCUGAAUGCUGUAUUUGCCUGGGGGUAAGUUGGAAUUCUUUUUUGUCGUGCUUAACUUUCAUAGAACAGUCGACUGAGUGUUGUUUUCACCGCGGUAAUAGCGAGUGUGAUCUUUAGUGGCGCGUAAGUUCUCUGUAUCCCAUAAGCUUUCCAGUAACAUAAAAGGCGUAAUGUCACUAUGAUUGAGUGUUUCUUGAAUAUCUAACAGAAGUAAGUUUAUUAUACAGCUGCUUCUGCGAGGGGGCAAGUUGAAGUUAAUCCCAUGUUUUGACUGGCUAUCCGAGCCAAGUGAGCCUGUCUUGUGCGCUCGGGAUUUCCAGUGACACUGAUAAUGAUAAUGAUAGUAAUAAUAAUAAUGAUAAUGAAUGAUAGUAAUAAUAAUGAUAAUGAAUGAUAGUAAUAAUAAUAAUGAUAAUGAAUGAUAGUAAUAAUAAUAAUUCCUUUAUUUACCCUCGGCAGUAUUAAAGCGUAAAGGCUGGUGGGGCCAAGCAAAUGGCUGAAACUAAUAUUUAAAUCAAACAUAACAGGGUUUAUAAGAAUCCCAAUUGUCACCUUCAGGGUUCGUACAGAGUCUUAAAUUCUUGAAAAAGUCUUGAAAUUUCCAAAGCAAUUUUCCAGACCUGGAAAAAGUCUAGAAAAUGGAGAUAAAGUGUGGAAAAAAGCUAUAACAAAUAUUUAGUAAGUGAAUUUAUUUUUCCACGGUCAAAUCUUAUUCAAUCUCGUCCGUAGCCAAGACAUUCAGUUACAGAAUGAAAAUUUUCAGAACUCUCUUAUGUCCAUUGCACCGUGGCUACUGCACUGUAGCGGUGCAUUAUGAGCAAAGCUUGGUUUCUGCGCUUUUCAAGGUCUCUGUUGGUCACCUAUUUCAUGACCUUGAGUAUGGAAAAAGUCUUGGAUUUUGGAUCCAAAAAUCUGUACGAACCCUGAAAGUAAGCGCCUCCGCCCUUUCUGGCGUUGGUUCCGCAAGAAAAAAGUUCUCGUGACCGUAUAAUAAAUCCUUUAUUAAACUACUUCAUUGACCAAGCUUGUUCGGUCAAGGUGACUGGAGAUUGGUCUUGUAUUUUUUUGUGUGUGUGUUUUUUAAUGGACCUCGAUUUCGUCUCGAUCCGAGAACACACAAAACAAUUCGGUCAAUGUUCAGCCAUCUUGACCUCACGCUUGGUCAGUGACGCAUAUCAACGGCAAUUUGCUAAGAGUGGCCUGAUCUUUCUAAAUUUUACUAUACUCGUAUAUGGAAACUGUUAUAAAUAUUGUCUCUGACUUAGGAAAGCUUUAAACUUUCUGGUCAUCGUUUUCGAGUUUGACAUGUAACAAAUUAGUACUAAAAGUACAAGUUGUACGUUGUAACAGGAGCUCUCCUUGUAAGCCCAAAAGGGACUUUAAAAACUUAAUUUUAUUUAUUUGCUUAUAAUGACGUAGUAAGGAGGGGAUUGCGUGACCAUUGUAUCAGGAUGGUAAAGUUUACUUGACCGCUUAGGGUGAAGUCGAAGAAUUGCCAUCUGUGUCCCAUAACUGUAAAAGCAAAUAUAAGGAUAUGUGCAAUUUAGAAUUUUAUGGUUAGGGGAGGGGAAGGUCGGGAAUAUCUUCAGAGGGCACGCGAGAGGGGACGCGUCUUGCGUGGCUCGCUUCGCUCGACACUCGAAAUGGAUAGCUUGCUCUCAGGCUAAGAAUCUUAUGCCAGGUGAAAACGGACGCAACAACUCCCGACAAUGUUGGGAGUUGUUGGCCAAAAAUGUUGCGUCCGUUUGCAGGGGGCUAAAAGUUUGACCGGUUUCAAACUCUGCGAAACAACAUGUAACAGGAUGUGCAAACGGACGCAACAUGUAACUUCCAACAAUGUUGGAAGUUGUUGGCCGACAAUAUUGCGUCCUUUUGUACGGGGCUUUAUAGAGAAGAUAUCUGUUUACAAACAAACCUUUUUGUUAUUUAAAUGUGCCAAGCACUGAAACAAAAAAUUUUUUGUUUUAAGAGCCAAUAAUUCUCUGGUUGGCACAUUGAUAUCAAUCAGUAGGUGACGUCAGCCAUAUCUACGCUACACUGAUCCUGAAGAGACAUCUUUUUGGCUUGACCGUAAUCUCCUACUCAUUUGUUUCAUCAAUGCCUGGGUUGCUUUACCUUACAACUUUACGUCUUGCUCUUUCCUUAAAACUUUAAAAGUAAAGUUAAGGUUUUUUUUCCUAAGAAACAUUACUAUCUUAUCUAGAAAAUAAAAUUAACUUAUCCAGGACCCACUAUAAACUUAUUUGCACUGAAUGUCGUAUAAUAUGCUGUUUUUAUGACCACUUUGUUAUCAUUUCUUGUGGUGGUGUAGCAUUGUAUGAAGGUCUAUGGCCUACUGAUAUUGAGUCCAUUUUAGUUCUUAUAAUAAAUUUGUCCAUAAAUUGAUUGUAGUGUUAUUCUCAGUUGAUAGAUCCAUCGAUCAGAUGCGUCAUAUUGCCAUGUUGGCACAGGGUCCACAUCGAAUGUGCUAAUGAUUGGAUUCAGCGUGGCAAGUAAGUCUUCAAAUUCUCCUUACCGCAUUCUUAUCUGGUUUACAUCCAUCCACUCUUUUUUGCAUUAGGAAGUAUUCUUUUUAAUUGCCCGGCGGCCAUGUUAGUUAUAAGCAGUUAAAUCAUUUAAAGAAAGUGAGGGCAAUGAAAUAUUUGCGAUUUUUUAAAUUAUUAGUCGUGGUCUUGCCUCUUUAGUCAAAGCAUGAUCGACCAUAGACCACUGACUUUUCAUGUUUAUUUUCCAAGCAUAGUUUGAUGAUUUUCAAGCGGCCGGUUUGAUGGUCAAUAGACCACUUUCUCGUUUUCGAGAUGGUUUCAAUGUAAAAAUAAUGUAUAAUAACCUAGAUAAUGUACUACAAGGUGAAAAAUGUGCAUUAUUUUUAGUCUACUCAAGGCUCCGGGUUAUGCCUGAUCUGUGCAUUUAAAUUGACAGAGCCUUCCACCUUGUUUUUUGGAUCACUUACUAGAAAUAACAUUUGUGUAAGGUGCAAAUCCACUCGCAAACUGGUGUUAACGCUUUAUUUGGACGAAACAAACCAAUCCGUACAAACAAGGAUAUAUAUACUUCGGACGAGUCCAACCAAUCCGUACAAACAAGGAUAUAUAUAUUCGUUGUCAAGCGUUAAAACGUCCUUACUUCGGGUAAAUCGCUCCAACUGAUAUAUCGAGAAACUCCGUACAACAACCAAAAAAACUCAUCACGUGAUCUAAAAGGGCGGGAAACAAGAAAACAGGGAACCCAGCCGCAACAAUUUGCUUACAUAUCUGCAAGUGUAAGAUUUGUGACAGCACAGAAAGAUGUAGAGCGAUCGUGUGCACAUCUUGGAGGGUGUCAUUGGCCGCGACAGGUAACACUCACCGAGAUCACUAUAAUCCUUCAGAUGAUACGAAAGCCGAAUCCAAUUUUUUUAUAUUCAUUUAAAAUAACUCAAUAUACUUUUAAAACAGGCUAAAACAUGCUUACCUCGAGCGAUGUUAAGUUUUCGUCUACAUUUGCCUGUGUCUCGGCAGUGGAAGAUAUUCUUCACAACUAGCUACACAACAAAACACUUACUCAAGUUUUGUUUUUGGUGUUAUUCCUAUGUUUUUCAGAAACAAGUAAAAAAUAACGCGGAUAAGAGUGAACGACGUUUCGGUGUCAUCUUGACGCCAUUUUCAAGUUCAAAAUGAUUGCUGAUAAAGACGAUAACGGACCAAAAGUUUUUCUGGCUGAUGAUUAGCAUAUAUGAAAUCUGCAAAGUCACGCAAAACGUUUUGCUCGAAUUGAGUCCGAUUGGACAUUUAGAGAAGGUGAUAGUUCCCUAAUUAGCAACAUUUCGUGCCCUAAACAAUCGAACUUGUUAUUGAACUUCUUAAGGACAGAGAACUGUUUGUCAAGAUCUUUCGGGACAGUAGAGCGAUUAUCCUUAUAAUGUUUACCAAUGGAGGAAGAGAUAUUUUUGCGUUCAUACAUAACUUGCAUCAAACUAGUCACAUUGGAAUUGGUAAACUACACACUGUUGGUUUACAGUGGGCGGUUUUUUCUAAGUACAUGUACCUCCUGAAUCUUGUGGCUAACGAAAACUGAUUGAACGACUGUGUGAAUCUUCUGGCUUAGUUCUCUACUCUUUUUACGAACUAAAUCUGCUGAAGCUUGGUCUUUAAACAGCAGGACUCACUACACGAACUGGAGGGCUCUCUGCGGGGGCAGGUUUCGGUGGCUGGUCUUUUGCCUUUGAAGCAACAAAAUCCCUGAUGGUACUAAUGAUAAGACGUUGCGGAUAUUUAAGCAGAACAAUCGGUCACAUUCAACAGAGAAAUACGACCAGCAAGACGAUAAGCGAUAUGCACGAUCAAGCAUGGUUUUCAACAGCCCACGUUUAUAGCGCAUAUCAACAUGGCUGUGGUUGUGGAGCAAAAGUCCCGUGUUGGUAGGUCUGACGUAAACUUUGGUCUCGAUUUGUGAUGCUCUGUUCAAACAAUACAUUCCGAGAAAAAGAAGCACGCCAUUGAUUUCCGUUUCCGUAGUGAAAUUAACUGAAGAGUGGCAGUUGUUCAGGACCUGAAGAAAAGAAGCCGCUGAUGUUGUGUCCAGCAUAUUGGUAAACGUAUCAUCAACGUAUCUCUUGUAGAAUUAAGGCACUUUGCCUUCACGCUCAAGAGUUUUUUCAAUGGAUCCCAUGAAAACAUUGGCGAGCAGUGGCCCAAGUGGUGAGCCCAUGGCGACUCCGUCGACCUAUUUGUACAGUUGCCCAUCGAACUUGGUCUUUGGUGGCUUUUUAGAAGAUCAACAAGGUCCACUUUGUUGAGGUUCAAGUGUUGUUGAUAAAGGCUUUGUCAGAUAGUAUCUGGAUGGUUUCAUCUACGGGCACGUUGGUAAGUAGUGAGGUAACAUCGUACGACACAAGAAUAUCACCGUUGUUGAUUUUCAGUUUGCGAAUUUCGUACGCAAACUCACAGGUGUCAGUUAUUGUGUACUGGUUGUUGGCGAACGGCUGUAAUUUCUCCUCUAACCAUUUCGCCAACCCAUAGUUGUACGUUUGUGUGGGAGAUGAGAUGGGGUCACGUACCAAAUGUUUUUUGUGGGUCUUGGGCAGCCGACCGGGAGCCUGUGAGGCGCACGGAAACAGCUAUAGGUUUGGGUAGAAUUCUGCGGACUAUAGAUUCCAGAUCUUCUCCUUCUGUAGGCGGAGUGGAUGGUAGUGUUUGGGUGGUGUACCCUCUAGCCUUCGGCCUCUCAGGAUCGCUCACUCUGAAUUUCGUUGUAUCGUUAAUGUAUGCCUCGCAUAACAAGCGUGGAUAUUCCGACUUAUCCAUUAUGACUACUCCUGACCUUUAGUCCGGUUUUGUGAUGACAAUAUCGUCACGUCGUUUUAACUUGUGGAUGGCUUUAAGGAGUGACUUCGCGGAUUCGGGUCCUCUCCGAUGGGUGUAGAUAAGUGCUACAGAUCGCAGGGUUGCUGCUGAAAACUCUUUAAGGUCAUAAGACAGAUUAGGCUCGAGCUUCCAAAAGGCUUUUUCAAAGCUUGUCUUCACUUCAUUGGAGAAUGUCCUAUGUUUUCAGGUCGUAGUUAGGCUAUUUCUUCUUUUCAAAACGUGUGAAAUUUUCCGAUAUCUUUUUGCACCUCAACCAAAACAGCUGAGCUAACGCAAACCCUGCCCCAGGGUUUCUUGGUUGUCUUUCCUUUUUUUGUUUGCUGGAUUACACAAAUUCCUUCCAAAUUUGGUCAAUGCUAGCUGGUUAUGAAGAAUUAACGGGAGAUUUGAACCAAUCAGAAACAAAAAAAUGUUUUGAAAGAAUAGUAAGAAUAGGUCUUAUGUAAGUGGCCGCAGGUCUUUAUUACGGACGCCAUACAGACCUCAUGAUUAACGCUGUUAUACGUUAAAAAUAAUCAAUCUUGUGUUUAAUUCCUUGCAGUGAUACUUGUCCGAUAUGUGGACAUUCUUUGUUCGACCAACCAGCCGAGGAGUAAGGACUUCAUCAUUAUGUAUUAUUAUUGUGUUAAUGGAUCGAUAUGCAUCAUUAUUCAUAUCAUACUCAGUCUCGUCUAAUAGUUGUUUUAUUAUUCAAUCAAAAUAUUUCCAAGCUCAGAAUAUGCCCACUUCUAUGCAUUUGCCUGCACUUCGGAUAUGAAGAAUGUUAUUGUAGCAUAUAUUCUUCAUAUAGCAGUCGUCAUCUGUCGAGUGAUAUUUUUGUCUAGUCUUCCCAAGUGUUUGAGGCAGUAGCUCAGCUAUUUCGCCCUCGCAUAACGUGUGAAUUCUUCCGCCAUUUUUCCAACUCUGCACUGCCAAAAACAGCUGAGCCACCACGCCGCUUCGUUGCGUGACAUCUGUGCGUCUUCUUUUCAGUCGAUAACAUUACGAUUGUACGAUUGACUUCAAUUGUAAAUUAACAACAAACACCUUCCAAAUUUGGUCAACGCUAACUGUUGAUGAAGAAUUAGGCCUGUCAGAAAUGGACAAAUAUUUUGAGUGAAUAAUUAUGUCUGUUGUUGUGCAUAAAUUAAUUUUUAAUUGGUGUCCGGCACCAAUUUGAGACUCAGUCUUUAAUUUUUUACCACUACAAAGAUACUAUUAAUAUUUUAUUGAUCAAAAAUCUUGACUGAAAUAUUAACUGAACUUUGUGUUGGUUUACUGCUGUUCAGUAGCCCACACGUGCUGCUGGGAGAACUCAAUUAAUUCGAGACUUACAAGCCCUUAGAGUGUUUUCUUUAACCUUCCAACAAGGUUUUUUUCUUGCCGGUAAACCAUCUGCCUCGUCCCCAUUCGCUCGCAGUUAGUUAAGGGAUGCAAGUUCUAAACUAGGUAUGUGGAAGGGGUACCAUUUAAUACAAGGUAUACGAAAG